CUCAGAGCCCGCAGCACGCCAGCAACGGGGACAAUAUCACUACUGCAAUUUCUUUACAGCUACACACCAGAAUUCUGUAGAUCCGCCAGCGCCAGGAGUUAGCUGGAUUCCCCAUUCUUCACCUCGCUUUUCGCCCGCGUCCUGCUGUCAACCAGCCAUAUUGCAGCAUGAGACCCCUUCUUUCACUUCUGCCUCUCUUGAGCUCUGCGAUCACCGGUGUAGUUGCCUACGAUGCAAGGGCUUACACAUUCGAUGCACGGCGACAGUCUGUGCCGCCGGUCAACCGAGCAGUGACUCCGGAGACAGCAAGGCUAAUAUUAGCCAACCGAUUAGGGCUAUCAGAAGGUGCAAUGCUAGGUCAAGCCGACGAGACUCUCAUCCGGGAUCUGAAUACAUUUGGAGGGACACAAGCGCCCAUUAUGGGUUCUACAUCAGCUGGUGACUGUUCAGCGAAGAUGCUACUUGUUUGGGAGGGUGUCGAUGUUCCUGAUCUCGCGUCUGCUUCAAAAUAUUCAACCGAUUCCUUCACCAUCCCUUCUGCCCCUGCUGGGCUAGUCAGUGAAUCGUUUGUUGAAAAUUUGCUCACCUACUCCUCUGCUGAGCGGCCUACACCAAAGCUAUGUUCAUACGAUUUUGCGGUAGAUGGUGGAUUCCGGGGAACGUUAAUUCUGCAUGUAAACCAGUGCCCUUCAACGAAAGACAUCUUCUCCACAAGUUCGGAAUUGAGCGAAACUGCAUUCCGCCAGUUUAUUGCCCAAGGCGCGAAAGGCUGGGGAGGUGGAUGUAUAACCGCUAUUAUGAGGAUCUUCUCCGAGUCAAACACACUCGCAGUACGAAAAACUGUCUUUGCCACCCUUGCAGAUUUUAGUAUCCUAGCAAAGGAAUCCAACCAGGAAUCUAUUAUGAUAUUUACUUCUCCUUCGCCAUCAUACCACAUGCUUCAACGCCGACCUGGAGAAACUGAGAUUAUGUCGCCGAAACCCAUACAGCGACGAUCCGUAAAGAACCCCGAGUCUGGCGACAAAUUUCCUUCAACCAUGAUGCCUGUUUGUUACAACAGCAACAAAACCUGUACAGAAGUGACAAAACAAUGCUCCGGCCACGGGACGUGCUACCGAAAAUUCGCAUCUAAAGAGAACUCCAGGGGCGACUGCUAUGCCUGCAAAUGCAGCAGGACUGUUGUGCGAACGAACAAAGAUGGCACUGUUAAGACAAUCCAGUGGGGUGGACCGGCAUGCCAGAAGCAGGACGUCAGCACGCCUUUCUUUCUUAUUGUUUCCUUUUCGAUCCUACUCGCUUUUGCUGUUACUGGAGGCAUCCGGAUGCUCUUUAGUGUUGGGAUGGAAGAUUUGCCUGGCGUCCUCGGUGCCGGGGUUGCUGUACCAAAAUCUCAAAAAUGAGCUCUUUAUUCCGUCCCCUUAACGGUUAUCUUUUAUAUAUUUAUAGUUCUCUAUUGGCGUGUGGGUAUUUGCCUGAGUUACAUCUUCGAGGCUAUUUUCUAAAUUUUCAUUUUGGCUCCAGUUGCAUCUGGUUUUGCCAAGUCAGGAUCUCGUCUUUUUAUACAGGGCUUUUUCUCUUCUCAAUUUCUUGGGUUGUCAUAUUUUUUAUUGCUUCGGUUCAUGUCUCUUGUAGUACAUACUAUCCAUCAUCCAUGGGCUACCUCCUCGGCGCCAACUAACUUCAUAUUAAGUAUAUAUAAUGGCACAAGCAAAACGGUUUUUGUAUUUUCUUC